GCCUUGGAGCUCCGCCCCCCGGUAAGCAUAGCGUCAGUUCUCAUGGCGCCUGCGGGGUAGUGGCAACUAAAGUAGUUGCCAUGGAGUUGCCCUGAGUAACCCUGAGGGACGCCGAGACUGGAGAGGAAGCAACUGCGGAAAAACCUCAGCUUAACUUUAGCUAACAAAUUGGAAGGGAUCUGAUAAGAUAAUUCACACCACAUUGCAAGUGACUGAAAAUAACAUUGUGUUCACCCCUCUCAGGGAAUAUUUCCAUUUUGACAGGGAACAAUCCCUGGACCCACAGGAAUGAAUCCCCAAUGGUGGAGUUUCAGGCAUCAGUGACAGGCUGAACCGGGACUCCCAGGGCACAUGGUUGCACCUGACGAAUGAUGACCUGAACUAUGAACAAACAGGACUAUAUGAACACUUGGGUACAGGAGCCCCCUCUUGACUACUCCUUCAGAAGCAUCCACAUCAUUCAAGAUCUGGUAAAUGAGGAGCCAAGGACAGGGCUACGACCACUGAAGCGUUCAAAGUCGGGGAAAUCACUGACCCAGUCCCUGUGGUUGAACAACAAUGUUCUCAAUGAUCUGAGAGACUUCAACCAGGUGGCUUCAAUGCUGUUGGAGCACCCAGAGAACCUGGCCUGGAUCGACCUAUCCUUUAAUGACCUGACUUCCAUUGACCCUGUCCUAACAACUUUCUUCAACCUGAGUGUCCUCUAUCUUCAUGGCAACAGCAUCCAGCGCCUGGGGGAAGUGAAUAAGCUCGCUGUCCUUCCUCGGCUCCGGAGCCUGACACUCCAUGGGAACCCCAUGGAGGAAGAGAAGGGGUAUAGCAGGCCCAGCACUCCCUUCUGUCCUGUGCUCUGGUCUUCCCUAAGCAGGAGCCUCUAGCCCAGGGCCCAGGUAGGGACCAUGUCCCCUGCCAUUGCAUUGGCCUUCCUGCCACUGGUGGUAACAUUGCUGGUGCGGUACCGGCACUACUUCCGAUUGCUGGUGCGCACGGUCUUGCUGCGAAGCCUCCGAGACUGCCUGUCAGGGCUGCGGAUUGAGGAGCGGGCCUUCAGCUAUGUACUCACCCAUGCCCUGCCUGGUGACCCUGGCCACAUCCUCACCACUCUGGACCACUGGAGCAGCCACUGCGAGUACUUGAGCCAUAUGGGGCCUGUCAAAGGUCAGAUCCUGAUGCGGCUGGUGGAGGAGAAGGCCCCUGCUUGUGUGCUGGAAUUGGGAACCUACUGUGGAUACUCUACCCUGCUUAUUGCCCGAGCCCUGCCCCCUGGGGGUCGCCUUCUCACUGUGGAGCGGGACCCACGCACGGCAGCAGUGGCUGAAAAACUCAUCCGCCUGGCCGGCUUUGAUGAGCGAAUGGUGGAGCUCAUCGUGGGCAGCUCAGAGGAGGUGAUCCCGUGCUUACGUACCCAGCAUCAGCUGAAUCGGGCAGACCUGGUGCUCCUGGCACACCGGCCACGAUGUUACCUGAGGGACCUGCAACUGCUGGAAGCCCAUGCUCUACUGCCAGCAGGUGCCACUGUGCUGGCUGACCAUGUGCUCUUCCCUGGUGCACCCCGCUUCUUGCAAUAUGCUAAGAGCUGUGGCCAUUACCGUUGCCGCCUCCACCACACUGGCCUUCCAGACUUCCCUGCUAUUAAGGAUGGCAUAGCUCAGCUCACCUAUGCUGGACCAGGCUGAGGUCCAGGCCCAGGGGUACUUACUGAUGUCCACUCCCACUCCCAUUCCCACCCCCACCCAAGCAAGGACCUCAGAAUAUCCCCUCCCUUUCCUGUUUGGGCCCUGACACAUGCUGAGUUUAGGGCUGGGGAGGCUCUCUUCCCACCUCUGACCCCUUUCAGCCUCUACACUGACCUGAAGUGUCAACUUCUAUCAGAUUGCUUGGUCUCACUAGGCCCCCUCUUUCCAGAGAGAACCAUGGACUGACAGCAAGAAGCCUGAGCUCCCAACCCAGCUCUGUCACUGAUUUGCUGAGUGACUCCAAGGGAAUCCUUGCCUUGCUCUGAGAUUUAAUCUUCUCUCUUAGAUUUAACACUAAGGAAGUUGGCUGGGAGAGCUCCAAGGGCCUUCUAGCACUUGGCCUCAGAAAGCGUCUCAUCCUCAACCCAUGCCAUGCUGGGUGGGAUCACAGGAAGCGGCAGACAGUGAGUCAGAGGCCCUGCAGGAAUAGCUGGAUACACACUGGGACAGACGAAAUGGUACAGAACCCUGGGCCCAGGGCCAGGAAUGCCCUGGCCUUCCCCAACCCAGGCCCACAUAGCCAAUUAGGUUUGCCUGAUACCCCUUGAGUGCCCUUUCCCCAAAGCCCAAGAGAAGAUGCUGGGCUCCUCUGGGCCCCACCAACAAACAGGGAAUAGACAUGGGGAAAAAUCACUCCUUUGUCUUUAUUAAAGAAACUUAGAAAGAAACCAGACCUGGCAACCAAGGGAUGAGGUACUGGCCAGGAAGGUGAAGUGGGGCUCAGGCCCUGGGGAUUUCAAGUGCAGACUGAUGGCCUGGGAGGGGCCAAGGACACCAGAUCCUGGCAGCAACUGAGGAGGUACCCAAGGGCACUUUCA